AUUCAAGAAUGAACUUUAAUGCUCAGAAUGGUUUAAAAUCAUAGAGGACAUCUUUUGAUUUAUUUGAUCUUAUUCAGCCACCUCUAACAUGUUAUCCAUAAUAUUCUUAACUUCAAGAGAAUGUACUCCAACUUCUCUAGUAUACUGAAUUAUAAUAUAGUGAAUAUACUGAAUCUGUUAUAUGAUCACUAUGGGCAGAGAAUUUUCAGUCAUAACUUUACAGCUUUCACCAAUAACUAUUUGGAUACUUUCUAGUUCUGUUAAUUACUCUCCUUAAUUGGAGUACAAUGUAAUUUACCAUUUAAUCCUUCUCACCAGUAUAGAAUAUAAUAUAAUUAUAUAACUUAUUUUGUAUAUUUGUUAGAAUUUAUUUAUUUAUUUUCACAGCAGUGCCAGUUUUGUUGAUCUCCAUAUCACAACUUGGGAAUAUGCCUACAUGCAACAAAUAUUUAAAAUACAAGUCUUUAGUAUACUCCGAGGUCAAAAGGGAGAAUAUGUACACCUACCAGUGAAAAAGAUCAUCCCUCACCAUGCUGGAGGAUUAUGUUUUCAUCUGGGAUCACAGAUGGUAUUACCAUCAGGUCACUGGCUUGGGUAUUAAUGGCAAUGGUUUAAUACUCGGGACUUAACUCGUUUUAAAAGCUUUCCGCUGAGCCACAUCCAGUAACAUUUGGAGUAGCAUCAAUCAGGAUCUUCAUUUCCAUUAUACAUAAGAGAUACAAUUUUAAAAAACGGUCCUCCAUCACUUACUGCAAGUAUUUGUGUACCUAUCGACACCGUUUCACAUUUUUGUUUUCAGUAGGGGACACUUUUCCUCUUUGGUAUAAUUUUUUCUGUGAUUGCAGCUCCUGAAAUGGACAAAUCAGAUGCUACCGACACUAUGCUGGAAGCCCCAGAACAUGAGCAGCUGCUCAACCCAACGAGUUCCUCACAGCAGGGACAAAUGGAUCAACAGCGCUGCUCCCAGAGUCCUGUUAAAACUGGGCAAAUCGAAUCCACACCUGCAGGUUCAAACUACGGAGGGAAACACCUUGAUGAAGUGCAAGGGUCAUUGCCAGGAUCCAACAACAAGGUACCGAGGAGUAUCAACCAUCUCAGCUCUGCACCUCUGAUUUCCCCGACAGAGAGUACUCCAGAUAGAAGCAGGAAGGAUCCGCUGGUCCAAGACCAGCAAUUACAGGAAGAAUUAUCUCCCGAAGAAGUUAAAUUCAUGAAUUUGAUCAGCAAUGGCCAACGUGGACGCAUGGACGACCAACGCUGCUCCUUGGAUCCCAGCAGGAGUGCUCCGUGCUCACCCAAACUCAUAGACAGAAAGCCUGCUGCAAGCUCUUCAAACACAGGUCUAGAUUUGGAAAUGCUCUUCAGCCUUCUGUCCAACUUUCAAAACCAACGACUGGACAACCAGCGAGUUUCUCUUCAAUUAUUGCCAGGAUUAAAAAAGGAAAAUGCCACAUCUGGAGUAGAAAAUUCAAGCGACUUGUGUGACAUGGUCUCCAAAGCCCAGGCCAUGACACCAUCUGAACGGGACAAUUUAUUUUCCCUAAUGAGUAAUUCCCAUCGUGGGCGAAUGGAUGACCAGAGAUGUGUCUUAGGUGUGAGUCCCCAACCGACACCCGAACACAAACCAGGUCAAAGCACUUUUCCCAAAGGUACAGAUUCUGAAAAGUUGUUCAGCUUGGUCGCCAACUCUCAGGGCCGACGGCUGGAUGACCAGCGAGUCUCCCUUCCUUCGUUGCCAGGUAUACAGAACGGAGGUAUCACAUCGACGUUAACCGCAGAAGAGAUGAAUGCAAGCAGCUUGUUUUACAUCGUCUCCAAAGCCCAGGCCUCAAGGAUGGAUGAACAGCGAUGUUUUGCACCCAAAAUUUCCCAAAACUUUGGUACCCCAUCUGCUCAACGUAAAGAGCAUCCCAGUUCAGGCGCAUUUAAUAAACGCCCCCAAAGCUCUCCGUCCUUAAAACGCGCCAAGGCUGACCAACAUCAGCAGGAGACAUCUCCAGCUGACCAAGAGCAGUUCUUUGAAAUAAUGAGACAUGCACAAGAUGGCCGUAUAGAAGAGCAACGGUGCUCUUUACAACCUAGCGGUACACCAGGCACACCCACAUACAAUGAAAAUGCUUUAAAUAGUGUACUCGUAGGUGCAGACGCCGAGGCAUUCUUUAAAUUUAUUGCCUCCAGUCAGGGACGACGGCUUGAUGAUCAACGUGUCACACUACCUAGCCUCCCUGGGAUAAUUGGAAAUCCAAAUGGUCGUAAUGUAAAGGCUGAAAUCCCAGCUUUUCCACUACACAUGCUUUGGUCUGAAAGUACACCAGCAACAUCAAGCAAGAACUGUUACAGACCUACCUCACCAUCUCCAAUGGCUCAUGCAGAAUCCGGCUCCCCCACAGCCUUACCCAAAUCUUCUUCAUUUUCCCCUCAGACAGAAUAUCAGAAACAGCUAAAUUCCCCAGGACAGGUGACAGUGAGGGUGUCCAUGAGCUUCACACCAGAGCAGGGGCAGAAGAAUAGCAACCAACCAUACACAUUCCCAGAAGUCUUCCUCACUCUAGGAGCCCCUGGAGAUAACCUUGUGAUCCCUCUGAGUCCAAAACCUGGCAGGCCACGUUCCUUCAACUUAAACCUAAUCCCAAAAGAAGAUCUCAAGACCAGGCGCUGCUCUGCAAGCCAUGCAAGUCCACAGAAAGCCUAUUCAAGCCUGUCGUCUCCCAACCGACAUGAACAGGGGACCAUGACGAGCCCCAUCAGUCCAGAUGAAGACUGCUUCUCUCUGAUAGAGAAGGUUCACACAGCACAGUUGCAGAAGGCUCUGACUCAAGGUGGACACAAAUCCAAAGGAGACCCUGGGAAAGGAGGAGAAAAGGCAAUGCAAGGAAAGGGAAAGUGGGUUGGAAAAAAAGAUAAGGAUAGUGGCAAUAAACAAUAUUAAGGUGUUAGGAAUUGUUGAGGAAGCUGUAAAUAGAAGCUUGGUAUAGUAUAAAGUAAUAUGCUUGUUUUUAUUUUCAGAACUGUCUGAGUAAUUUGUUGAAGCAUUUUAUGUUAUUUUUUCUUUUGCUGGUUAAAUGUCCCGUACAGAUGGUAUAUUUAGUUUCAAGCCCAGUGACGUGGGUAAGAACUCUUUGCUUUUUCACUUAAAGAUAAUGCCGCUUAAACUGCUUAUCCAAAGAGAAAAAUUGUACGUAGGCUAGAAUUAUUGUCAUUAUUAUGACAAUACAAAGAGAAAUGAAACCAGAUUGAUAGUUUGUUUGUUCUUAGUUGAAACAUAAUUUAGCCUUGAGCAAACUUUUGACAUUUUACAUAAUUUCCAGAGCUUUUAACUCAAAUCUUCAUUAGGCACUGUUUCCUAUAAAUUAUUUAUGUACACAUAGUGAAAAAGAGCUGUAACAUUUGGUCUUAAUUUAUGAGAGUAUAAGAAACUUAUGAGGUUAGUUUGAAUAUGAUAAAAUAAUUAAAAAUAAAACAGAACACUUGA